CCCGGAGAGUUGUCGGCUGGGAAAUGGCGGCCGCGGGCUUGGUGGCUGUGGCCGCGGCUGCGGAGUACUCUGGCCCAGUGGCGUCCGGGGCAAACCUCUCCGGUGCUAACUGUGGGCCGAGCCCUGGGGUAGGCCCAGGUCCUGGCCCGGGCUCGUGGAGCCGCUCGGUCGACCGAGCCCUGGAGGAGGCUGCGGUCACCGGGGUGCUGAGCCUGAGCGGCCGGAAACUGAGGGAGUUUCCCCGGGGAGCGGCCAGCCAUGACCUGACGGACACCACCCGGGCCGACCUGUCACGAAAUCGCCUCUCAGAAAUUCCUGUGGAAGCAUGUCACUUUGUUUCUCUGGAAAGUCUUAACCUAUACCAGAAUUGUAUUCGUUAUAUCCCAGAGGCCGUUCUCAACUUACAAGCUCUGACGUUCUUGAAUAUUAGCCGGAACCAACUGUCAACAUUGCCAGUACACUUGUGUAACCUACCAUUGAAAGUCUUAAUUGCUAGUAAUAACAAAUUGGUCUCACUUCCUGAAGAAAUUGGACAUCUCAGACAUUUGACGGAACUUGAUGUGAGCUGCAAUGAAAUUCAAACUGUACCUUCCCAAAUUGGUAAUCUGGAAGCCUUGAGAGAUUUUAAUGUAAGAAGAAAUCAUCUAAUACGCUUGCCUGAAGAGCUGGCAGAGGUGCCACUGAUCCGACUAGACUUCUCGUGCAAUAAAGUCACCGCGAUCCCGGUGUGUUACCGGAACCUCAGGCACCUCCAGGUCAUCACCCUAGAAAACAACCCGCUGCAGUCACCUCCUGCGCAGAUAUGUAUAAAAGGCAAAAUCCACAUAUUUAAAUACCUGAACAUACAAGCUUGUAAGAUUGCUCCAGAUCUGCCAGAUUUUGAAAGGAGACCCUUGGGAUUUGGCUCGUGCCAUGAAGAACUGUACUCAGGUCGUCCUUACGGAGCCCUUGACUCAGGCUUCAAUAGUGUGGAUAGUGGGGAUAAGAGGUGGUCAGGAAAUGAGCCUACAGAUGAGUUUUCAGAUCUGCCUCUUCGAGUGGCAGAGAUUACUAAAGAGCAAAGACUUCGGAGAGAGAGCCAGUACCAGGAGAAUCGCAGCAGUGUGGUGGUCACAAAUGGCGGAGUGGAGCAUGAUCUGGAUCAGAUUGACUACAUUGACAGCUGUACUGCAGAAGAAGAAGAGAACGAUGUCAGACAGCCCAAAGGCUUGGACACCAACAGCCUCAGCUCACAGUUUAUGGCAUACAUUGAACACCGGCGAAUCUCCCAUGAGGGUUCACCAGUAAAGCCAAUAGCUGUUAGAGGGUUUCAGAAAACAGAAGACAUGAAAAGAUACUCACAUCAAAACAGGGUUCCAGUUGAGCCACCAUCUGUCUUAUCACUGCCACCAAGUCACAAUUGGCUUUCACAUUCAGACCUAGAGCUUCAUCAGAGGAGAGAACCGUCGGUCGAGUGCACUCGGAGAGAGGCACAGCUUGCAGCCCUGCAGUAUGAGGAGGAGAAAAUAAGGACCAAGCAGAUUCAGAGAGAUGCUGUCCUGGACUUUGUCAGACAGAAAGCAUCACAAAGUCCACAGAAACAGCAACCCCCCGGAGAUGGUGAGUGUCCCUUCCCAUCCCGAAGGUCUCAGCACACUGAUGAUAGUGCCUUGUUAGUGUCGCUGUCAGGGAUGGAUCAAGUAAGCUGUGUGGCUGCCCCGCCUCACUCUUCUGCCUUCACACCUCUUAAGAGUGACGACAGAGUUAUCUCAAGCUUUCCUACGACAGAGACAGUCCAUCAUUCCCCUGCAUAUUCUUUUCCUGCUGCUACCCAGAGAAAUCAGUCCCAACGCCCUGAAAGCUUCCUUUUCCGAGCCGCUGUUAGGGCAGAAACUAACAAAGGUUGUGCUCCAGCUCUUCUCCUGUCUUCUGCACCUGCAGCCGAUCCCGCAGAUCCUGUGACCAGACAGCGAGAAGAGGAGCUGAAGUUAAUAGACCAACUGCGCAAACAUAUUGAGUAUCGGUUAAAAGUAUCUCUGCCCUGUGAUCUUGGAGCGGCUCUAACUGAUGGUGUUGUACUUUGCCACUUAGCCAAUCAUGUUCGGCCUCGAUCUGUCCCAAGCAUUCAUGUCCCGUCUCCAGCCGUGCCUAAAUUAACAAUGGCAAAAUGCAGGAGAAAUGUGGAGAACUUCCUGGAUGCUUGCAGAAAAAUCGGUGUACCUCAGGAGCAAUUAUGUUUGCCUCUGCACAUUUUAGAAGAGAAAGGGUUGAGCCAGGUCGCGGUGACCGUCCAGGCCCUCCUGGAGCUUGCCCCACCCAAGCAGCAGCAGCAGCAGCAGCAGCAGCAGCAGCAGCAGCCGCCGCCGCCUCCACCGCCACAGCUGUCUGCUGUCUGAGGACUCCCAGGCCCUGGGUGGUGUUGGCACAGCCAAAACAAGGAGCGGGAGGAUGCGAUUGCCGGCGCCGCCUGCUCAGACGGCUCAGACGGAGCCCUGUGUGUUCCUAGACGCGGUCUUCACGAUUCCUGCCAGGAAUGUUUGCUUCACUUCUCCAUUUUAGGGGAGAUUAAACCCAUUUCCACUAGUUUUUGUUUUUAAUGAGGACACAAUUUUCUUAAGUGGAACUUUCGUUACUGAGGACCCCACCUGGAAGCCUAGGCUGGCUAUGCCUUCUUCGUGGGGAGCAGGCUCAUUUUUCAUGCCAGAGCCAGCAGCUUCCAAGCCGGGUAUUUAGCUCUCUCAGAGGACAGACAUGCCAUUAUCUUUCCCAAUUCCUGGAUGUCUACAGCUCACUGGUUUCCACAGUUGAGCUUCAUUCUCCUGGAGCAUUUGUGAAAUCCAGAUUUGCAUCAAAGUUUUGGCUGUGGCCUGGGAACCUGCAUUUGAGCAGACAUUGUAGUUGUUCUCAGGCAGUAGAGACCACUGUUCCAAGACACAUAGUUAUGUGGUUUGAGGGUCCUGCCCCGCUGCGUUUUCAACUGCAUUUAUAUCAAAGGCUGUGUUAUGAUGACUUGGACAGUUCUGUCAAAGAAAAGAAAACAGAAAUAAUAGAGAAGCCCUCGAUUCUGCACAAUCUAACAGCUAUUUAAACCAACGUCCAGGCCUCUCCCCAGCCCUGCCCACUACCACCCUAUCUUUUUCUAGAGGGUGGUUCUGUGCAUCACCCUGCUAUUUCCUAAACACGGAGACACACUCCACUCACAGUUCUAAGCUAUAAGGUAUAACGUUCUCAACAGUGUUUGCAUGUAACUCAGUGAGCCAUGCUGAUGCCAGGGCACCUGAACCGGGCACGGCAGGUGCCCUCCCAGCUCCUGGGGCCCUGAAGGAGAGCCACACUCUUACAUCCUCUCUCUCCUCCUCCCCACACCCGCUGCCUGUGCCUUACUGCACAGCUGUGAGCAGGGCACAAAAGGGCCCAGGGAUCCAACACAGCGUGGGCGGGCAUCUUUAGUUAAAUUUAAGCACAGAAGUUUUCCCUCCCCAGAGUUUGCAUACUUUUUAGUUCUUAGUUGUCUCUUUGGUGUUUGGUGUGGCAAAUAGAGUAAUUUCAUAAAGCUGUUUAAUAGGGCUUUUCUGUAUAGUCGUUCACUUUUAUGGGUUUUCUUCCCAAGGCUUGCAUUUGAGAACAGUAUUGACCCUGUGCAGCAUCUAAAAGUAAUAACUUUGAUACUGGACCGUGGUUCCAUCCCCAGCACCACCUAAAAUUAGGUGCAGAGAGGCACACGAGCCUGUAAUUCCAAACAUUCCAAAAGUGGAAGCUGGGUGGUCAGGAUUUGGCAGGAUGCUAGGUAACUGCAGCCCACCUGGGCUGUAGUAGACUGUGCUGAAGAGCUGCCUCAGCAGUUGAGGGCCCUGGCUGCUCUUGCAGAGGGUCAGGGUUCAAUUCCCAGCACCCACAUGGCAGUUCAUAACUGAUGCCCUCCAAUGACUUCCUCAGGUACCAGGCAUGUACAUGGUACACAUACAUACAUGAAGAUAAAACACUCAUACAUGUAAAAAUUUUUUUUAAAUAUCCUUCCUCUAAAAGUGACUUUGAACAAAAUCAUUUUAAGUAUCUAGUGAAAAUAAUUUCUCCUUGUUUGUGCAGAGAAGUUUUUAUUAGAACAUUGCUACAGAACAUUGCUACUUUAUCCAAGUUUAGAAGCAUGUAACAGCAGCCGGGCAUGGUGGCACAUGCCUGUAACUCAGGAGGCUAGGGCAGGAGGAUCGUGAAUUUGAGGCCAGCCUAGGCUACACUACAAGACCUUAUCUCAAGGUGAGUAUAUCAUCGUAGCGCAUCUGGGCUCCCGCCCAGCCCGCAGGCUCCUCCCGAGCGGAAGCAGCAAGGCUUCUUCACCAGCUAUGCUGCUGGGCUGGCACACUUUCCUUCUAGUCCACAUUAAACCUCAGCAUCAUUUCCACAUUCUAGAUCGCAGUAUUGUGUAGAAAAUGAGUCCAGAAGACUUACGAGGGUUCCCUAGAGUAAGUCGACCUUGCACCGUGUGGUAGCACAUGUCUUUAAUCCUAGCUUUUGAGAGGCAGAGGAGGUGGAUCUGGUCUACACAGUGAGACCCUACCUCAGAAAAAAAGAGGACAUUUUAACAUUUUAAUUUUUCAUGUGAGACCUUAUGUACUUAUCAGGCUAAUUCAGAUUUAAUUAUUAGGAAACAUUUGCACAGUUUGGGCUGAGGUUGUUACAGGUUUUCUGAGUCAGCAUAUAACAACAAAUCAGGUUUUCUGUUGGUCUUUUGUGACUUCAUAUGUCUGUUUCUAAGUUGAAGAACAAUUCAUUUUGAUAUUUAACCUUGCUAGAGACCCCAGUGUAGGAUAGUUAGUCUUGUCAUAGUCCCCUAACCAGAACUGGCUACCUUACCAGUGCUGAGGAUGGACAAGCCAGGUGCCUGCCCAGCCCUACCCUGCCCCUACAGAGAUGUCACGUCAGCAGUCUCCAGGCUCUCAGAGGCAUCUCUGCCUAGCACUCGCACCAGGAUCCUCCUGUAAUGAGCGGCUCUGAGGGACUCACGGAGGAACCCUUGUAUCUGGCUAGAACAGACUAGAAAAGGUGGAUCAGUGGGUGGUUUCCAACCCAGCCGCUCUGUAAAUACACCCUUGCAGCUCAUCAAGGAGCCUGUAAUCUGGUCUCCUCUAGUCAGCAGUGACUAACAACGCGCUAUGCUGAUGAGUUGGAAGAGCUAAGAAGAAUUUAGAUGGUUGUAGAAAUGAAGGAAAAACUCGUGUAGAAGCCUUUUAUAUACACAUUGCAGUGAGGUGCUUACAGCAGAUUUGACUUCUGAAAUGUUACACACAUGUAAUUAGUAAAAGGUUUUGUAAACAUUGUCCUAUAUUUGUAUGUCUGUAAAUACACUGUGUAAGUUUUAAGUAUAAAUAUGUCAAUACCGUGUAUGUUAUUUUAAGUUGCCUGUAUGCCAUCUUAUAUGUGGACAUUAAAAUAAAAGCCAAUACUUCAGCAGCAUGUAAUAAAUAAACACUUGCAAAUGUUCAA